AAUCACUUGCGGAGGAGCUGAUUGAGUCUACUUCCCUACACUAGAAUAGCUGAGGGGAAACGGACGGACGGCGAUCGCACACGGAUAUCUCACCAUCAGCCGACUGGACGGCCAGAUCGCCUGCGAGAGAGCUCCGAGAUACAGCGGGACAUCGAUUUCAUUUCCGACCCGGUCAACGUGUCUGCUGCAGGGAGAUGGCCGGUAUCCUGGCGUGGUUUUGGAAUGAGAGGUUCUGGCUCCCUCACAACGUAACCUGGGCUGACUUAAAAAACACAGAUGAGGCAACAUUCCCGCAAGCCGAGGAUCUCUAUCUGGCGUGUCCUUUAGCAUUCUGCAUCUUUAUGAUACGGCUGGUUUUCGAAAGGUUUAUUGCAAGACCAUGCGCCAUGGGCCUGAAGAUCCAAGCCAACGGGCCACAAAAAGCACAACCCAACGCCAUCCUGGAGAAGGUUUUCACUGCUAUAACCAAGCACCCAGACGAGAAGAGGUUGGAAGGCUUGUCCAAGCAGCUGGACUGGGAUGUGCGAACCAUCCAGCGCUGGUUUAGACAGAGGCGCAACCAGGAGAAGCCCAGCACUCUUGCCAGAUUCUGUGAAAGCAUGUGGAGAUUUACAUUCUAUCUAUACAUAUUUACCUACGGAGUGCGUUUCCUUAAAAAGACCCCGUGGUUAUGGAACACUAAAGAGUGUUGGUACAACUACCCUUACCAGCCUCUGACUGUGGACGUCCACUACUAUUAUAUACUGGAGCUGUCCUUCUACCUGUCGUUACUCUUCUCCCAAUUCACAGACAUCAGGAGGAAGGUAAGGAAGACUGACUUCCUGAUCAUGUUCCUGCACCACAUGGCGACGAUCUCCCUCAUCGUGUUUUCCUACGUGAACAACAUGGCCCGAGUGGGAACCCUGGUCAUGUGCCUCCACGACGCAGCCGACGUGCUGAUAGAGGCUGCCAAGAUGGCCAACUAUGCCAAAUGUCAGAUACUGUGCAACCUCCUGUUUGCAAUGUUUGCAAUUCUCUUCAUAAGUUCCAGGUUGGGAGUUUACCCCAUCUGGAUUUUAAAUACCACUUUGUUCGAGAGUUGGGAGAUUGUAGGGCCCUACCCAUCCUGGUGGGUCUUCAACCUGCUUCUGAUCCUGCUGCAGCUCCUUCACUCCUUCUGGUCCUACCUCAUAGUGAAGACAGCAUGCAGAGCCAUCUCCAAAGGAAAGGUGGGAAAAUGGAAUCCGUUACAUGUGUCUAAAGACGACCGCAGCGACAUCGAGUCCAGCUCUGACGAGGACGACAGCCCCCCUCCCAGUCAGAAGCACCACAGCAGCGCCACCAACGGGACGAACAGAAAUCACGGGACCAACGGCUACCUGACGGGAGCCCCGUAUCCGGACGAACACUGACUCGCCGAGCGGACGUCGCGCCGGUGGAGCCGUGCUACAGACACCAUCCAUUUAUCUGUGUGCGUGUGUGUAUUUGAGUGUAUGGUGGAGACAUGAACAACAUCGCCUGUCUGGAGGUUCUGGAUAGAUUUAUGUGAAUGCAGUUUUUUUUUUUUUUUUUAAAUUGGUUGUUUAAUAAUUUCCUUGCAUAAUUUCUUCUCUUCAUCUAUGUAUUUGCAUCAAACUGCACUCAAUAUCAAAGUACUCCUAUCGGUACAACCCACUCUCUGUUUAGCCAAUGAAUGACAGCAUUCCACUCUGUGGUGUACGCAUGCUACUUUAACAUACAGCGGUCUGGCAUACUGGGGGUGCGUUCUCCUACGUUUGUGUCUUUCUAUGUUAUUUAUUUUUUUUUUAUAAAUAUGUUCGCAGGUCGUGGCCAGACGUCUAAUUAUCUGAAACAACACAGCUGUUUUUGUUGUUGUUGUCAUUUUCCCUCACGUCACGAGUAUUAGCAAAAAAAACGCUGAAGGCCCCGGUUUUACUUUCAAUGCUACACCCCCAAAGAUUUGCCAAAAACGGUGACUGAGUUUCGUCUUCGCUCACGAAAUACAAGCAUUCUCCACUCCUGUAAAUGAGAUGUCAAUAACAGUAUUAUGUGUGUGCAUCAGACAUGGCUAGACGCUGUACUCCCUAUCGAAGCAUUUUGUUAAGUAUUCUGGUACGCAUUACAUUUAAGGCCAUUUGUCCUCUUAUGAGGCAGACAUGACUUGUUUGAAUUAUUCAAUAAAAAAACAAACAAAAAAAAAACAUGAAGGUUGCAAAUAUGUGUGGGUGUUUUGAAUGAGCUUAAUCAGUGAGAGGGGAAUAACGCUGGCAGCUUGGUGGUUAAUACGUCCACAGUUAGACUCUAGACGGUGUGAAGAGGGACAGGCUCAGAUUCCUCCGCUUAAACAUCAACCAUUCACCUAUUAUAGCUACUUUUAUUUGCAAAGAGGCAUAGCUGGUAAAUGACUUAAUUUGCUCUGCUGUAUAAGCUGAAUGAUCGAGAUAAAGGAUAAUGCGUUCCAAGUCAGUGGGUUUCUAUUUUUGUUAGAUGGCCAAAUUAGCAUUUUCCAUUAAGGCACUAUAUAUUGUGCGUGCUAGUGCUAGUGGUCAAUAUAUAAUAAAGGAAAGAUUUAUGAGUUUCGA